GUGAGGCUGAGCUCUGCGGGAGCACAGACACGAGGGAAGGAUGCCUGUGGUGUGGCCGACUCUUCUGGACCUCAGUAGGGAUGAGUGCAAGAGGAUCCUUCGCAAACUGGAGCUGGAGGCCUAUGCAGGUGUCAUCAGUGCCUUACGUGCACAGGGAGACCUUACAAAAGAGAAGAAGGAUCUUCUUGGAGAACUCUCUAAAGUGCUUAGUAUUUCAACAGAACGACAUCGCGCCGAGGUUCGGAGAGCAGUAAAUGAUGAACGGCUGACAACAAUUGCACACAAUAUGUCUGGGCCAAACAGCUCUUCCGAGUGGUCCAUAGAAGGUCGGCGGCUGGUGCCACUGAUGCCACGACUGGUUCCACAGACAGCUUUUACUGUCACCGCAAACGCUGUCGCCAAUGCAGCCGUUCAGCACAACGCGUCUCUUCCAGUUCCUGCAGAGACUGGAAACAAAGAAGUGGUGGUUUGCUAUUCCUACACAAGUACCACUUCAACCCCAACAUCUACCCCUGUACCAAGUGGCAGUGUAGCAACAGUGAAGUCCCCCAGACCUGCCAGCCCAGCCUCCAAUGUAGUCGUCUUGCCAAGUGGAAGUACUGUUUACGUCAAAAGUGUCAGCUGCUCUGAUGAUGAUGAAAAGCCCCGCAAAAGACGGCGAACGAAUUCUUCUAGUUCUUCCCCUGUUCUCCUGAAAGAAGUCCCGAAGGCAGUGACUCCCAUCACUAAAACUAUCACAGUGCCUGUAAGUGGGAGCCCCAAAAUGAGUAAUAUAAUGCAGAGCAUUGCCAACUCCUUACCACCACACAUGUCGCCUGUGAAAAUAACCUUCACUAAGCCCUCAACACAGACAACAAACACCACAACACAGAAGGUCAUAAUAGUAACCACGUCUCCAAGCUCAACUUUUGUACCCAACAUCCUUUCUAAGUCCCACAACUAUGCAGCAGUUACAAAACUUGUCCCAACAUCAGUCAUUGCUUCAACUACUCAAAAGCAGCCCGUGGUUAUCACUGCUUCCCAGUCCUCUGUGGGCAGCAGCAGCAGCAGCAGCAGCUGCUCCACUCCCUCCUGCACUGCAAAUACCAUUGCUGUGACUGCUGUAGUGUCAUCCACACCGUCAGUGGUUAUGUCAACAGUAGCACAAGGUGUAUCCACAUCAGCAGUUAAAGUUGCCUCUACCAGACUACCUUCCCCAAAAGGUUUGGUUGGGAAUCCAACUCAGAUCUUAGCACAGUUUCCCAAACAGCAUCAGCAGUCUCCCAAACAGCAGCUGCACCAAGUCCAACAGGCCCAACAGCAGCAGCAGCAGCCACAGCAGCAGCAGCUGGUGCCGUGUUCUGUAGCCCAGCAGCAGCCACAGCAGUCUCAGCUGUCAGCUGGCAUCAAGCCCACCAUUCAGAUCAAACAGGAAUCAGGUGUUAAAAUAAUCACUCAACAGGUGCAGCCCAGUAAAAUCCUUCCCAAACCAGUUACAGCGACCUUGCCCAGCAGUAGCAAUUCACCCAUUAUGGUGGUUAGCAGUAAUGGGACUAUCAUGACAACUAAACUGGUCACUACUCCCACUGGAACUCAAGCAACAUAUACACGGCCAACAGUGAGCCCCUCUCUGGGAGCUCGGGUGGCUGGAACUCCAGGGGCUGCUACCUAUGUGAAAACUACAAGUGGUAGCAUCAUUACUGUAGUACCAAAAUCACUGGCUACUCUAGGAGGGAAGAUCAUCAGCAGUAAUAUUGUUUCUGGAACUACAACCAAAAUCACUACAAUUCCAAUGACAUCGAAACCCAAUGUGAUUGUUGUGCAAAAAACUACUGGAAAAGGAACUACAAUUCAGGGGCUUCCAGGCAAAAAUGUUGUCACAACACUGUUGAAUGCUGGGGGGGAGAAAACUAUUCAGGCAGUGCCAGCAGGAGCAAAACCUGCUAUCAUCACUGCCACAAGACCCAUCACAAAAAUGAUUGUUACACAGCCAAAAGGAAUAGGGUCCACGGUCCAGCCAGCCACCAAAAUCAUCCCAACUAAAAUUGUUUAUGGUCAGCAAGGGAAAACACAGGUCCUCAUAAAACCAAAGCCAGUGACAUUUCAAGCAACAGUUGUGAGUGAACAAACCAGACAGCUGGUGACUGAAACGUUACAGCAGGCUUCAAGGGUAGCAGAGACAGGAAACUCAUCUCUCCCAGAAGUGAAAGAAGAACCACAAACCUACACUGACAGUAGCUCUUCUUCUACAGAGUCUUCCCAGAGCUCUCAAGAUUCUCAGCCUGUAGUCCAUGUGAUUGCUUCAAGAAGUCAAGAUUGGUCUGAACAUGAAAUUGCUGUGGACACGAACCCUACAAUAAUUUACCAGGAUGUAUCCAGUGAAUCUCAGUCAGCUACUUCCACAAUAAAAGCUUUGCUGGAACUUCAGCAGACAACAGUGAAGGAAAAGUUGGAAUCAAAGCCAAGGCAGCCUACCAUUGACUUGAGCCAAAUGGCUGUUCCAAUCCAGAUGACUCAAGAAAAGAGGCAUUCUCCAGAAAGUCCUUCAAUUGCUGUUGUAGAGUCAGAACUGGUGGCUGAAUAUAUUACAACUGACUCAGGAAGACAACACUGUAUUGGUUCACAUUCGGAAGAAUAUCUACACAACCAUAUAGUCAGUCAUCGGUCCCAGCCCCACCAGUCAUCUCAGCCCCAGAGGACGCUGCUGCAGCACGUGGCUCAGUCGCAGACAGCAACGCAGACUUCUGUUGUGGUGAAAUCUAUUCCUGCAUCCUCCACUGGCGCCAUUACCCAUAUCAUGCAGCAGGCCUUAAGCAGUCACACAGCGUUUACCAAACACAGUGAACAGCUUGGAACUGAGGAAGGAGAAGUGGAAGAGAUGGACACCUUAGAUCCUCAGACUGGCCUGUUUUACAGAUCUGCCCUGACACAGCCACAGGCACAAAAGCAGCAAAAACUGAGUCAGCCACAGCUGGAACAGACUCAACUGCAAGUGAAAACUCUGCAGUGUUUCCAGACUAAGCAGAAGCAGACAAUCCACCUGCAGGCUGAUCAAAUCCAGCACAAACUCCCACAAAUGCCCCAACUUUCCAUAAGGCAUCAAAAGCUAACCCCCCUGCAGCAAGAGCAAGCACAGACCAAACCAGAUGCACAGCACCCCCCACACCAUAUGAUGGCCAAAGAAAGGCAACUCCCUACCUUAGUGGCACAGCCACAGCAAACUGUAGUACAGGUGCUUGCAGUAAAAACCACGCAGCAGCUGCCCAAACUGCAACAGGCACCAACGGCACAAAAAAUCUUCGUGCAACCCCAGCCCCCCCAGAGUCAAAUGCAGCUACCUGCCUCUUCAGAGAAACAGCCAGCAAGCCAGGUGCAACAUCUAACUGUAAUGCAAGGAUCCACUGUUACAGAGAUAACUUUUGAGGGGCAUGAGCCUCCUUUUGUUUCAGAGGUAGCAGGUGGCAGUUCUGUGCCCAAACUGGCAUUGCUGGUUACCAGCCUAUUUCCCAUGCAGGCAUCCACGGAGACAUCAGUAGCAGAUAUAUUGAGAGUGUCUAUGGUGGAAGCUCAGAUUGAUGCAAACAUAGAACACACGCUAGUGGAUGCCCCAAACAAGGCCACGUCCACUAGUAGAGCUGCUAGUGAAGCAGAGUCGUCACCUUGUGCCCAGGGCCCGAGCGUGGCUGCAGUAGGGAUGGCGGCUCCUUCCAUCCCCCAGCAACAGACACAUGCAGAGUCCAGCUCAAGUCCUCCUGCUGUUGGUCCUGCUGUAACAGAGAGGAAACUCGAUGCACAAGGAAUACCUGCAACAAACCAGUUCAUACACAUUCAGAAUAUAUCACAAAAGGAAGCUGAAGAGAGCUCGUCAGAAAUUGUUGUCCAGACUAUCCCUCACUAUUCCAUCCCUUGUCACUCCAGCUCCAAUGUGGUGGUGGAACCCAGCGGGCUCCUGGAGCUCAACAACUUCACCAGUCAGCGCCUCGAUGAUGAGGAGACAGCAAUGGAGCAAGAUGUGGACAGUAGCACUGAGGAUGGCACUGAGCCCAGCCCCUCUCAAAGUUCUGCUGAACAAUCCUAAGGAAUGGGGACACUGGAGUGCACUUUAAAAUAUCUUGGGAUUUUGAGCAUCCAAGAUGCCCUUCUAUUGUGAUGUCUUAGAGCACUUUGCCUAUUAGAAUUGUUCAUUGGACUCUUGAAGCUUCAGUAUGUUUUAACAAGACAGUAUUGAGAAAGCUGCAUCUUAAAAAUUGUUUUGGAAAAAAAAGAAGAAGAGAUGUAGGUACCAGGAUUUAGUAAACCUGUGACAGUGGAAUGUACUCCUGUUCAAAAACAUCUGCAGUGAAUUCUACAGC